UGGACUAAGCAUGGCUAACGCCCAAUGCUUGAUCAUACGAGCCCUGCACGUCGCUGUCGCUUCAGCGGCAGUCUCUGCAAAGGAGCCACCAAGAAGCAAUUAGUCGCCUUGCGCAGAACCUGCCAGUUGUGCACAGAAACAGUGGGCUUUCGAGACAUGCAUUAUUGUUGUGCCACCCUUGUCGAACUCAACAAAUGUCAAAUGUCGCUUGCAGGCUGGUUUUGGAGAGCAGGCGUCUGGACUCACAGCUACAGGGCUGAAACACGGCCCAGUUGGUCGCGCCUAGGCCAGCGUUGACGUAGCUGUGGAUCCCAGCUGCGCAUCCGUACCUGAGCGAUGAUAACUUCCGACAUCCACAAUAAUCUAUACCUAUAGCAUCUUUAACGCGUUCAUCUCUCCAAAAUGAAAGCGGCCCGCGCCCUUGUUCCAGCCUUCCUGGCAGCCUGCCGCGUCGCUGCCAUGCCGCAGCGCAGCGCGCCGCAACAAGCUAUUUUCGACGCGUCGACGAAGCAUCUCGCCAAACCACUUGGUGUAGGCCACUUCAGCGAAUGGAGCCGUGCCACAAAGAAGGAGUUCUUGGUAGACUGGCAGGCCGGCAGGGAGUCAGAGUGGACGAUUGUAAUGGGCAAUGAGGGCGGUGAUAUGGACUCCAUGACGGCGGCGCUUACUUGGGCGUACCAUCUUGAACACUCCACCGAACAUACCGACAACCCUAUGAAGGCCAUUGCACUUCUUCAGACACCGUCGCAUGCGCUUGAUCUGCGCCCGGAGAAUAGGCUGGCCCUGGACAAUUCGCAGAUGACGCCCGGUCAUGAAGACUUGUUGACUCUGGAUGAGCUGCCUGAAGACCCUGAGACUCUGGGCAAGAAGCUCAAGGGCAUAGUCCUGGUCGACCAUGGCAGCCCGCUGCGGAAGUGGAACGAAGCAGAGAUACUAAGCAUCUUUGACCACCACAAAGACCGCGGCACUGCUCCCGACGCCGAACCCCGUGUCUUCGAAGUAGCAGCAAGCUGCACUACACUUGUUGCCCGCCAGAUGCUCGACGAGCUCGAGCAACUAGACGAAGAAUACCACAUGCCGCACGAACUGCUUGAACUAGUCCUCAGCGCCAUUGCCAUCGACUCUGGCGGCUUGUCAGGCAAGAAGACGACCAAGACCGACAUUGAAGUCUCCAAGCGCGUCCUCGCACGCAGCAACUGGAAGAAGGACAGCCUCGAAGACGUCAUGGAGGAUCUCGACGACGAGCUCAGCAAGGCACAAAAGGACAUUGACAACCUUGGUCUGCGCGACUUGUUGCGCCGAGACUGGAAGGGCGAUAUCAUUGAUACCCCCUCUCCGCGCACUCCUACCGUGAGCAUUGGCUUCGCCUCGAUUCCAUACUCCAUGGAUGAGCAGAUUCUCAAGACGGACUUUGCGGAACUCUUUGACUGGUUCGCCGUUCACGCCGCCUGGACUGCCGAAGCCGGCGUCGACAUCUCCAUCACGCUCAACAAGUACAAGAAGCACUACAAAGACGGCGAGAAGGAGAAGAUCCGCGAAGUCGUCCUGACCGUCCGCGACGACGUACGCAUCGACCAGGACCAAGCCGACUCGCUCUUCAAGACAGUCAAGGAGGCGUUGGAGAAUAACGAGGAGGGUAUUGAUUUCCAGCCGUGGCAUCGUGCGGAUCAAUUGGCGCCUAGGCAGAUGGUGUGGACGCACAAGAGUGGUGCAGGCAGGAAGGUUAUCAGGCCGAUUGUUGAGGAGGCGGUUAUGAAGUGGGAUUAAGUGGUGGACGUGGAAGGGGCUUUGAUACCUAUGUGAAGAUAAUGUAUGCUCCAGCCUACGAAAUAGAAACAGGACUUCUUCAAAUGUGUCUUGCAAUAUGCACCGAUGGAGAGCAAAAUUUGCGUUGAGUUGCUGCAUACACAGUGUGAAAUUUGGAUAAGUAUGUAGUAUCCAAGUCGAUGUAUACUUCUGGCAGUACCAAUGGACAAAGGUAUGGACGUUAGGUUGCAG